AUUUGCCCUUCACCUCAGUUCGAGUGACACAGUCAGGAGAAAAUAAAAGGAAAAGAAAUAUUUCGCUUUGUGCCAUUUUACUAAGUGAUGUGAAAUUUCAGAAGAACUCGACGUCUCCAGGAUUCUUUUCCUGCGGAAUUGGCAAAUGAGAAUCGAAUCUUGGGCUCCAACUUCGCAGUUCAUUGUUACUUUUCACUGUUAUUAGGGUUUCAAAGUUCUGCAAUGGCGAUAAGAGGCGUGGAUUUCAAAUGGUAUGAUGGAUUCUUUUUAUCAAUGUUAGCGACUAGUAUGUAUCCUUCAAGAUUCAAGACCCGAAGCUUUUAAUUUAAUUUUUGGUGUCUGAAUUUGCUGUUUUUGUUAAUCCUCCUUUAUGAAUUUAGUCCCAUCCUAGAUGUUGUUUUUUGUUUUUUCUCCUGAAUUACAUGAAUCUUUGAAGAGGUUCUGAUCAUUAUCUUUAUUCCUGGCUUCCCCUGUUAAAAUUUUCUUUUUUCCUUUUGUUAUUUGUCUAUUCAACUUUUGGUGAAAAUGGGUGCCCUUAACUGUUUUUAGAAUAAUUGUGGCGAUUAAUUGGAAGAGGUACCAUCUUUGUACAUACCCUUUGCACAUAUGGAUCGUGGUUGAUUACACAGUUGUGUUUGUAUUUCGGCUCCUGAUGUUUGUAGAUAACGGCCUUUCUGCUGGAAUGGGAUUAGAUUUUGGUUGGCAGCAGAGGCAUGCUCGUUUUUGUGGGAGAGUAGUCGUUCUUUCAAUUCUCGCUUUGCUGCUUUAUCCUUUUCUUUGGGUCUGGAGUAUUAUUGGUACACUAUGGUUUUCUAGUGCAAGGAACUGUUUACCUGAAGAAGGUCAGAAAUGGGGCUUCUUAAUUUGGUUACUUUUCAGCUAUUGUGGACUUGUCUGUAUCGCAUGCAUGUCAAUGGGAAAGUGGCUGGCUAGAAGACAAGCUCAUCUAUUACGUGCUCAACAAGGAAUACCGAUUUCGGAACAUGGGGUUUUGAUUGACAUGAUCCGAGUGCCAGACUGGGCCUUUGAAGCAGCUGGCCAGGAAAUGAGGGGAAUGGGUCAAGAUGCUGCUGCAUAUCAACCUGGGCUUUACUUGACCCCUGCACAGAGAGAAGCUGUUGAGGCAUUAAUUCAGGAACUUCCGAAGUUCAGGUUGAAAGCGGUUCCAACUGAUUGCAGCGAAUGUCCUAUAUGUUUAGAAGAAUUCCAUGUGGGAAAUGAGGUUCGAGGCCUUCCUUGUGCGCACAAUUUCCACGUGGAAUGCAUUGACGAGUGGCUUCGGCUUAAUGUGAAGUGUCCAAGGUGUCGUUGCUCUGUUUUCCCAAACCUGGACCUUAGUGCCCUGUCCAAUAUUCGUACUGAUUCAGAACGAUCGCCUCCUAGUGUUGUAACUACAAGGUAUGUGAGAUCUCAGCCUUCUAGCCAGAGUUAUUUGCUGCGGUUGCAAGGGCUUCUCCGUCCAAUUCGCACAGAAACUGCUGGACCUAUGCACAUGGCCGACAUAGCUCUAGAAAUGGCCGAAAAUGGAGGACUAUCUGUAGUAAGUCAAGGGCCACCAAAUAUUGAGAGUUGACAGUUAGCAGGAACAACUUCGUGAUUUGAAUACUUCAAUCUUUGCAAGGCUGAGCUUGUAGAGGCUUAAUGAUUUUUGCAAGCUAUGGUCGUUGACUGGAUGUGACUUUGUUUCUUCUCACUGUGUGUCCCUCCCUAAGGGAAGGAAUGAUUGAUAGACUACUCAUUUCAAUGGCCUGAAAUUUUUGUUAAGGAUUCAACUCGUGUUGAAUAUAUCAAUCGAGUGCGCUAAUCAUCUAGGUUUGGAGAUCUUACGUCUUUUUGGUGUCUUUUUAACUCCUUCGCCGGAAGUGGCGAUAAAGAUUACAUUUUUUCUUCAUGGAAAAGGUACUUAUUGAUAUUAGAUUUGCGUGUUUUUUUUGUUUUUAUUUUAUGAAUUUUUAAAUUCAGAACCAAGAUGAUGGUGUCCAAGGAUAAAAGUGCCUUCUAACGGUAUUUUGAAAUUUUUUUUUUUAAAAAAAGGAAUUAAUUCUAAUACCAUGACUAUAUGUUUU